AUGAGGAAGCUGUGUCCAAACAUUGACAAAGACGAUGGUUUGGAGACGGUUUUGGAAGUUCCGAUACCGGAGGAGAUGUUUUCCGGUAUGGGUAACAACGUUGCGCUUAGGUGGCAGAACAUGAUGACGUGGAUGAAAGCUCAAACCUCUGAUAAAUGGUCGCAACCGAUUAUCGCCGCUCGCAUCAACGAGCUCCGUUUUCUUCUUUAUCUCGUUGGCUCUCCUCUUAUACCUCUUCAGGUUCAAGUCGGCCACUCUGUUCACAAGCCUGUCAAAGAUUCCUCCAUUGUAAGUAAUGAUGAAUUAAUCCUCUGUUUUGAUCUAAUUGAUACGAUCGAUCUAAUUUUUCCGGUGAUGAAUCGGUUGCAGCAAGCUUCGACGGCGAAGUAUAUAGUGCAACAGUACAUAGCGGCGACGGGAGGGCCGGCGGCGUUAAACGCCGUGAAUAGUAUGUGCGUCACCGGACAAGUGAAGAUGACGGCGUCGGAGUUUCAUCAGGGAGAUGAGUCCGGAACGAAUCUUAAGAGCAAUGACGAGAUGGGUGGUUUCGUUCUGUGGCAGAAGGAUCCAGAUCUUUGGUGUUUGGAGCUCGUCGUCUCCGGAUGUAAAGUCAUAUGCGGAAGCAACGGUCGGCUUUCGUGGCGACAUUCCUCGAACCAGCAAACGCCGGCGUCUACCGGAACGCCCAGACCUCUCCGCCGGUUUUUACAGGGGUUAGAUCCUCGAUCGACGGCGAAUCUGUUCCUUGACGCGACGUGUAUUGGAGAGAAGAUAAUCAACGGCGAGGAUUGCUUUAUCUUGAAACUGGAGACGAGUCCGGCGGUUCGAGAGGCUCAGAGCGGUCCGAAUUUCGAGAUCAUUCACCAUACGAUUUGGGGUUAUUUCAGCCAAAGAUCGGGGCUGCUGAUUCAAUUCGAGGACUCGCGACUUCUGAGAAUGCGGACGAAGGAUGACGAUGACGUUUUCUGGGAGACCAGCGCCGAAUCGGUGAUGGAUGAUUACCGGUACGUGGAUAAUGUGAACAUCGCUCACGGCGGGAAAACGUCGGUUACGGUUUUCCGGUACGGUGAAGCGUCGGCGAAUCAUCGGAGACAAAUGACGGAGAAGUGGCGGAUCGAAGAAGUUGAUUUCAAUGUUUGGGGUCUCUCGGUCGAUCAUUUUCUUCCUCCGGCCAAUUUGCAGAUCGGGAAAUGA